AGAAAAGAGAGAUUACAUGAAGUUCAAGUGUGAAUCAAACACCAUAAAAUAAUCAUUUUGGUUCGACCGAUGGUAAGGUUUUAUGAACAAUGGAUGGAAUUCUCAUCCUUCCGCAAGCCAUGUUUGCCCAACUAUUUCAGAGAUUAAGUAUUAUCUAUUCUUCGUUCUUAAGCAAAGUUAGCAAACCGCGUCAGUCGGAAGGGAGAAAAGGACCAAUCUACCGUUUGAGCAAGAGGCCCCAAGCAGGAAGCUAGUAAGCCAACAGGGAAGAAAGUUUUAUUUUCAUUAGAGAGAGAGAGAGCGAGAGAGAGAGAGAGAAUGGCCUUACAGUGGCUCAUAUUAACGUACGUGGUGGCAGCUGAGGCAGCAUUGGCGCUUCUACUGACCGUUCCGGCGCCCAAUGUACUGAAAUCUCGCAUCGUUUCCCUCGUUUCGCUGGUCCUCCAACCGGCCGUAGGCAUCGUUCCCUUUGCCGCUUUUCAGCUCUUAGACAUCUACUGGAAGAGCGAGCACCGGCAGAUGUGCACUUCUGAGGCCUGCACUGCCACAGAGAGAGACCGAUACGAAAAAGCUGUAUACAAAUCGCAGAAGAAUGUUAUUUUAUGUGCAGGUGCAUGCCUUCUUUAUUGGUGUGUGUACCGCAUGUGUAAAUACUACAAGGAACUUCAGAAAUUGGAGGAAGCUGUGAAGAAGUACAAGGAAGAGUAGUUUGCUGUGAGGUAGUUUCUUUUGAAUGAGUCGGAUAAUGUUGGACUUUAGUUAUUACCAGUUUGUAGACUCUCAUGUGGGGAUGAUUAUGAUGCAAUUUAGCUUAUCUUUUUCUGCAAUAGAUUCAGUUUGCAUUUGUACAUUGUUGAGGAUCACCAAUGGAUGGAUUUACUUCAAUGUUUACAUUCCUACAA